AUGGUUAAUGAAGUGAGGUUGUUCGACUUCAAAAUAUUCUUUGCAAAAGAAUCGUUCAAUACAGAAACGUUGACAAAUUUGCAUAAUUUUUGUGCCAAGUCGCUGGCAAGUCUCGCCAAGCGCCUGGCCCCCUGCCCCCAUGUAGAUGACCCUCCCAAGGCGGUCACCGAAGGGGACGCUCCCCACGCGGUCGCCGAAGGGGACGCUUCCCAGGUGGUUGCCGGAGGGGACACUCCCCAGGCCGUCGCCGAAGAGGACGCUCCCCAGUCCGUCGCCGAAGGGGACGCUCCCCAGGCCGUCGCCGAAGGGGACGCUUCCCAGGCCGUCGCCGAAGGGGAUGCUUCCCAGGCCGUCGCUGAAGGGGACGCUUCCCAGGCCGUCGCUGAAGGGGACACCCCACAGGUCGCUGAAGGGGACGCCCCCCAGGACGUCGCCGAAGGAGACGCCUCCCAGGCCGUCGCCGAGAACGUCCUCCAGGCCGUCGCCGAAGGAGACGCCUCCCAGGCCGUCGUCGAGGACGUCCUCCAGGCAGUCGCCGAAGAGGACGUCGCCGAAGAGGACGCUCCCCAGGCUGUCACCGAAGUGGACGCUCCCCAGGAGGUCACCGAAGGGGACGCUCCCCAGGCGGUCACCGAAGUGGACGCUCCCCAGGAGGGAGGCCUUGAAGGGACGCCCCGCAGGGAGGUCACCAAGCGGACGCUCCUGCGGUCACCUGGGCGGACGCCCCAGGAGGUCACCGAAGGGGACGCUCCCCAGGAGGUCACCGAAGGGGACGCUCCCCAGGAGGUCACCGAAGUGGGCGCUCCCCAGGAGGUCACCGAAGGGGACGCUCCCCAGGAGGUCACCGAAGUGGACGCUCCCCAGGCGGUCACCGAAGGGGACGCUCCCCAGGCGGUCACCGAAGGGGACGCUACCCAGGCGGUCACCGAAGGGAACGCUCCCCAGGCGGUCACCGAAGGGGACGCAUCCCAGGCGGUCAACGAAGGGGACACUCCCCAGGCGGUCACCGAAGGGGACGCUCCCCAGGCGGUCACCGAAGGGGACGCUACCCAGGAGGUCACCGAAGGGGACGCUCCCCAGGCGGUCACCGAAAGGGACGCUCCCCAGGCGGUCACCAAAGAGGAAGCUCCCCAGGCUGUCACCGGAGGGAAAGCUCCCCGGGUAGUGCCCCGUAGAGCUGCUGUCCAAAAGCCCCGGGCCAAUAAACCAACUCACCAGGCCAAGAAUACCAUGGUCCCAGGGGCCCAAGGUAAUCUAAAAUCAAAGGCUGAGCACGCACCAAACAGAGUGGCAGAAGCCCGUAAAGCUGCUGCCCAACAGGCCCGGGCCAAUAAACCAACUCACCAGGCCAAGAUUACCUUGGUCCCAGGGGCCCAAGGUAAUCUAAAAUCAAAGGCUGAGCACGCACCAAACAGAGUGGCAGAAGCCCGUAAAGCUGCUGCCCAACAGGCCCGGGCCAUGGUCAAGGCUCGCCGGUUGAAAACAGCUGUAAAACAAAAGUGA